AUGAUCGCAACUGGUGUUUGUGGCGUUGCGCUGGUGCUGGUGCUGGUGGUUCUGAUCCCGGUAGUGGUGAACUCCGCCGGGACUCCCGCCCGCUACGAGAUGCUCGGGUCCUGUCAAAUGGUGUGCGACUCGCACGGGACCGCGGCUACGGCCACGGCCAAGGCGAUCAACCCGAUCAAAGAAAACCGCCUGGUUCAGUCGCUUCCGACGUUCAUCCAAGGUCCUCAAGGGGAGCCGGGGCGCGCCGGGAGGAUGGGUCCGAGGGGUCCGGCUGGCGAGCCCGGGCCACCUGGACCGGCUGGUCCUCCCGGAGAGAGGGGGGCGCCGGGCCCCCCGGGUCUUCCCGGAGCACCUGGAGCUAAUGGGCCCACCGGUGCCAUCAGCGCUGCCACUUACAACACCGUCCCAAAGAUUGCAUUUUAUGCAGGACUGAAGAAGCAGCAUGAGGGAUAUGAAGUGCUGAAAUUCGACGACGUUGUCACAAAUCUUGGCAACCACUAUGAUCCCUCUACAGGGAAAUUCACUUGCUCAAUACCGGGGAUUUACUUCUUUGUUUACCAUGUUCUGAUGCGAGGCGGAGAUGGAACCAGCAUGUGGGCUGACCUCUGUAAAAACAACCAGGUGAGAGCCAGUGCCAUUGCCCAAGACGCCGACCAGAACUACGACUACGCCAGCAACAGUGUUGUCCUACACCUCGAGCCCGGGGACGAGAUUUACGUCAAACUGGAUGGCGGGAAGGCGCACGGGGGCAACAACAACAAGUACAGCACCUUCUCCGGCUUCAUGUUGUACGCUGAUUGA